GACUCGACAGCGGGCAUUGGGUCACCAGGUAUGACAGCGGGCACUGGGUCACCAGGCAUGACAGUGGGCUCCGAGUCAACUGGCAUGACCGCGGGCACUGGGUCAGACAUUGGAUCGUCUGGCAUCGGGUCACCAGGCAUCAGGUCAUUUGGCUCGACAGUGGGCACCGCGUCAUCUGGCAAGGCAGUGGGCACCAAGUCACCAGGCACGACAGUGGGCUCUGAGUCAAUUGGCACGACAGCGGGCACCGGGUCAUCAGGUACCGGAUCGUCUGGAUCGACAGCGGGCACUGAGUCAUCUGGCGUUGGAUCGUCUGGCUCGACAGCAGGUAUCGGGUCACCAGGCAUGACAGCGGGCACUGGGUCAUCAGGUACCGGAUCGACAGCGGGCACCGGGUCAUCAGGCAUUGGAUCGUCUGGCUCGAUCAGCUGGGUAGAGACAUUAGGCUGAAGUGCGGGUGCCGAGGCACCAGG